GCUCUGACAGCCCCCGGCGCUCCCUCGGCGGCGGGCGCAGCAGCUCCGGCGGCAGCGGCGGCGGCUUUCGGCGGCCGCCCCCCUCCUCCUCGGCGCGGACCAUGUUCGCCAAAGGGAAGGGCUCGGCGGUGCCCUCGGACGGGCAGGCGCGGGAGAAGCUGGCGCUGUACGUCUACGAGUACCUGCUGCACGUCGGCGCCCAGAAGUCUGCGCAGACCUUCCUGUCCGAGAUCCGGUGGGAGAAGAACAUCACGCUGGGCGAGCCCCCCGGCUUCCUGCACUCCUGGUGGUGCGUGUUUUGGGACCUGUACUGCGCAGCUCCCGAAAGGCGAGACACUUGUGAACAUUCGAGUGAAGCCAAAGCCUUUCAUGACUACAGCGCAGCUGCUGCCCCGAGUCCCGUGCUUGGAAACAUUCCCCCGAAUGACGGGAUGCCCGGGGGCCCCAUCCCGCCCGGGUUCUUCCAGGGACCGCCUGGGUCACAGCCCUCGCCACACGCACAGCCUCCACCCCACAAUCCUAACAGCAUGAUGGGACCCCACAGUCAGCCGUUCAUGUCGCCGCGCUACGCCGGAGGUCCCCGGCCCCCCAUCAGGAUGGGCAACCAGCCCCCGGGUGCUGUUCCCGGUACACAGCCAUUGCUGCCCAAUUCGAUGGAUCCCACGCGACAGCAAGGGCACCCCAACAUGGGCGGCCCCAUGCAAAGGAUGAAUCCUCCGCGAGGGAUGGGCCCCAUGGGUCCCGGUCCGCAGAACUACGGCAGCGGCAUGAGACCUCCACCCAACUCCCUAGGUCCUGGCAUGCCUGGAAUUAACAUGGGGCCGGGCGCCGGUAGACCGUGGCCGAACCCCAGCAGUGCUAACUCAAUCCCAUACUCUUCUUCAUCGCCUGGUACAUACGUGGGUCCGCCCGGCGGCGGUGGCCCUCCAGGGACACCCAUCAUGCCCAGUCCUGCAGAUUCAACAAAUUCAAGUGACAACAUCUACACAAUGAUUAAUCCAGUACCGCCCGCAGGCAGUCGAUCGAAUUUCCCGAUGGGCCCCGGCUCUGACGGCCCCAUGGGCGGCAUGGGCGGGAUGGAGCCCCAUCACAUGAACGGAUCAUUAGGGUCAGGAGACAUAGAUGGACUUCCAAAAAAUUCUCCAAACAACAUAAGUGGCAUUAGCAAUCCCCCGGGCACUCCAAGAGACGAUGGGGAGCUGGGAGGCAACUUUCUCCAUUCCUUCCAAAAUGACAAUUAUUCCCCCAGCAUGACGAUGAGUGUGUGAUUUCCCUCCCCCUCCUCCUCUCCAGGAUCAAGAGAGUCAGCUGCCGUUCGGAGGAUCUCAACGAAUUAUGCAAGAAGAAGAAGAAGAAGAAGCUAGGUGUAUGGGCAGGGACACGCGUGGCGGGGGCCAAAACCCCAGGUUUAGUUUCAUGCAAUAAAAAGGCUGAACUUUUUAUUCCAUAAAACAUGAAGGACAAAACUUAAAAUAUUUCAAGACAUGACAAGACCCUUCUUUGUGCAGAAGGGUUUAUAUAUGUACAUGACACUUCUUUUUGGAAACAAACGGAAGCCUCUAGCACCCAACUCCGAUCUCUUUGCUUUGUUCUUUUAAAUAAAGACAGAAACCGAACCUGUUGUAUGUUUGUGCCGUGCGACACCAGGAAGCUAGUCUAGAUAUGAAAUCAUGUUGUCUCUGUUGUAGUCAUUUUUUUAAAUAAACUGGACAGUUUACAAUGGU